AUGCCAGGCGCACGACAAGGCAAUCGGCGACGAGACAAGGACUCGUUCGAUUCAAGACCUCUUGAAAAAAAGAGCCGCCAACCGGCGAGGCAACCCGAGAGAGAGAAGCCACCGGUCGAGCGCCACGCAGCCGGACAUAAAGCCAAGUCGCAACAAAAGGACGAUCAGACAGAAACCGGUCCGAUCGAUCUGUCCACCACCGUUCCGAUACCCCUCCAGCAACUCCUGCUUGAUGUCUUUAAAACUGCGCUUCUCACGAGCCCCGUUGCAGGGAACCCUUCGAUCGACAAGACACUGGAAGAAGACCAUGAAGGAAGUGCCACGGACUCGGCACCUCAGCCUCUGGAUACGAAGACUCUGAUUCAAACGAUCAAGUCCCAUCUUUACCAGCGGGAUUUCGAUUCUGCAUUUGCAGAGGCGGGAGAGGAAUUGCUUCGUGCCUAUGCGUUGCGGUGGAGUGCGGCUCGGGCAUUGGGCUACGCGGGGAUCUUCAAGGCGGUUUUGGCCUGGAUGAGCUGCGGGUUCCGCUACCAGGGUGGUUUGUCUGGGGGCGGCGCAGGUGCGGAGAUUGUUGCGCUGGCGGCGGCGUGGAGAGAUUUGCAGGAUGCGAGUGGGGUUGAGGCUUCGGAUAGUAUGGCAUCACUGGCAAAGGAGGUUGAAAAGACGUCGUUGAAUCAUAUUGAGCCUGGGAAAGGUACCGAGGAGACCACUCAGGAGAUCGCUGCUGCGGCUGCUGCUCCACGAGACGCCGAGUCCGCGUCGGAUCAAGCAUCCUCGAAACUAUCGGUGGCAGCUGUUGACAUCGCCGAUUGGUCUGUAGUCAUGGACCGAUUAUCCAACACCAUCACCUCUCCGGAUGUGCCCACGCAAAAGACGUCCAAGUAUCAACCGCCUUUGCUACAUGAUGGAAAGCCCGACCAUACCAACCUUGCAGUAUCUUUCCAUCGCAGGGACGUUCUCGUCAUCCCGGAAUCCGAAUUGAAAGAUCUCAUUCUGGGCACGCAGCCUGACCACACCGCGUCUCCCCCCUCCCUCCUCGUCACCCUCAUGUUCACCCUCAACGAACUCUUCUCCACCAGCAUGCCCAAAACGACGGGCCUCCUCCUCAAUAUCACAGAGAUCCUCCCGUCCGGCGCUGUCCUCCUUGUCGUUGACAGCCCCGGCAGCUACUCCACCCUGAAGCUGGGCAAGGCUAAAGACGGCGAAGUCCAAGAGCGACAAUAUCCCAUGAAGUUCUUGUUGGAUCACACUUUACUUUCAGUGGCCAAGGGGAAGUGGGAGCGGGUGUUGACGCAGGAUUCGCGCUGGUGGAGGCGUAAUGCGGCGAGGUUGAGUUAUGAGGUCGGAGAGGGGGCGGGAUUGGAGGAUAUGCGCUAUCAAAUUCACGUGUAUCGGAAGCUGUGA